UCUGUUUCUUUACAGAUAUUUUCCAAUUUAUCCCUGAAUGAGCGUUGCCUUUCAGUGUCAUUAGUCUGUAAAUAUUGGCGUGAACUCUGUUUAGACUUUCAGUUUUGGAAGCAACUGGAUCUCAGUAGUCGUCAACAGGUCACUGAUGAGCUGUUGGAAAAGAUAGCAUCAAGAAGCCAGAAUGUUACUGAAAUCAAUAUUUCUGAUUGUCGCAAUGUAUCUGAUAAAGGAGUAUGCAUAUUAGCAAUUAAAUGUCCUGGGCUCCUAAGGUACACUGCCUACAGGUGUAAACAGCUUUCUGACAUCUCUAUUAUUGCAGUUGCCUCUCAGUGUCCUCUUCUUCAGAAAGUGCAUGUAGGCAAUCAAGACAGACUCACUGAUGAAGGCCUAAAGCAGCUGGGCUCAAAAUGCAGAGAAUUGAAAGACAUUCAUUUUGGGCAGUGUUACAAGAUCUCAGAUGAAGGAAUGAUCUUUAUAGCUAAAGGCUGUGAGAAGUUGCAAAGAAUAUACAUGCAAGAAAACAAAUUAGUGACAGAUCGGUCAGUGAGGGCUUUUGCUGAACAUUGUCCUGAGCUGCAAUAUGUUGGUUUUAUGGGCUGCUCUGUUACAUCAAAAGGAGUCAUUCACCUCACCAAACUAAGAAACCUUUCCAGCUUGGAUCUACGUCAUAUCACAGAACUGGACAAUGAAACGGUGAUGGAAAUAGUCAAGAGAUGCAAAAACCUUAAUUCCCUCAAUCUGUGUCUCAACUGGAUCAUUAAUGACAGAUGUGUGGAAGUGAUUGCCAAAGAAGGCCGGAACCUGAAAGAGCUAUAUUUAGUAUCCUGUAAGAUCACUGACUCUGCUCUGAUAGCCAUUGGACGAUACAGCAUGACAGUAGAGACAGUGGAUGUUGGAUGGUGCAAAGAAAUCACAGACCAUGGAGCCACCCAAAUUGCACAAAGCAGCAAGUCUCUCAGAUAUUUAGGGCUGAUGAGAUGCGAUAAGGUGAAUGAAGCCACAGUAGAGCAGCUAGUGCAGCAGUAUCCGCAUAUAACCUUCAGUACUGUGCUGCAGGAUUGCAAGAGGACAUUGGAACGGGCUUAUCAAAUGGGCUGGACUCCCAGUAUGUCUACUGCCUCUUAA